GAUUUCAGAAAUAGUUCAAAGACUUGUGACGUCAUAACUAAUACAUGUAUUUGCACGAUUUGUUUUCUUUCGCAACUAUUUACCGAAUUUGUCUGAGCGUGAUAAGACAUCAAGAAUUUGCGCAUCAUUGUCAUAUAUAAUCUCAAUUUCAUGAUUUAUAUUCGAUAAACUUUAAUCUGUGAUAGAUCAUCUAAAAAAUGGAAAGUGAAAGUUGUUGAGUUUUGAACCCUCAACGUUUUAUCUGUGAUACAUAUUUUCUUUAUGAGUCUAGUAAGACAAAGGCCCCGACUUCAUAUCCUUAGUCAUGGGCCAAAACAAAGAAAUCUUGAACAAUCAGACAAAGACUUAGUUGCGAACGGGGGUUGUUUGACUCCAGAUCUUCAACCAAAUCCACCAGUUUUUCCAGCAAAACCAGAACAACAGUGUAAAAUCUACAAGAUUGGCAAAUAUUUACUGGAACAUAUUGAAGCUGAAACUUACAAAGCAUGUGACUGCCAAACCAGGGAUGAAAAAAUAUGCAGGGUGUUUGAGAUUAACAGAUACCGUGACAGUUUGAGCGCAUACUGGCAGGUUGACGCACAUGAGAACAUUAGCAGUAUUUCUGAAAUAAUUCUCGGGGAAACGAAGGCAUAUGUGUUCUUCGACCGUCACUAUGGUGACCUACAUUCAUACGUUAGACAGAAGAAAAGGCUGAAGGAGGACGAGGCUAGGAGACUCUUUCAACAAAUUAUCUCAGCUGUCAAACAUUGCCACGACAGUGGCGUUAUUCUACGUGAUCUCAAACUACGCAAAUUUGUCUUCAAAAAUAAAGAGAGGACAGAGUUGCGACUUGAUAGUCUCGAAGAUGCAUGCGUCCUCGACAAUGAAGACGAUGAUCGUCUAUCGGAUAAACACGGGUGUCCGGCUUAUGUCAGUCCGGAAAUUUUAAACGGGACUCCAACUUACAGUGGAAGAGCAGCCGACAUGUGGAGCCUAGGCGUCAUGCUUUACACAAUUUUAGUUGGACGCUAUCCGUUCCAUGAUGCCGAACCAACCGUUCUAUUUUCAAAAAUUCGAAGGGGCCAGUAUACAUUACCUCCAUCAUUGUCAUCAAAAGCAAAAUGUUUGCUUAAAAGUAUUUUACGUCAAGAUCCCAGCUUACGUCUGAGCGCGGAAGAAUGUUUAUGUCAUCCUUGGCUUAAUCGGGGAUCUUACUCUAAUGGCUUUAUCACUAUAAGUAAUAAAUAUAAUGAUCAAACCGUUCCAGAUAUUGUUAUUAAAGAUUACGAUGAUGACCUUUUCACCUGAACUGUUCUAUACGUGCUCGGCUACAUCCGGGUGACAUUUAACAAAUUUAUUGCAAACAUCCCACGUCGUCGUCGGUUAUGAGUGGGUUGUUGGUAUUUAUAGAUGGGCUAAAUCUGAGACUUGAAAACAAGUUAAAGAGAAUGAUUUGAGGCACAUGCCAAUGCAAAGAAAGAUACAAGAAACUUUUAUGUUGAAAAUAAUGUUGAAUUUUUUUCUGCGGCAAUACAGUGUGUUUAGGGGUUGUUUUCCAUUGGUUUUUUUGUGAUUUAUUUUUGUUGACUUCUUUAUGCAUUCUGGAAGAUUUGGUAAUGUAUUCUGUACAUGUUUAAUUCUGAACAAGUUGUUAAACCUGGCAUUUUUUAUUUUCGUUUUCUUUUUUUGUUGCAUAGUAAUGUGCUUUAAGCAUUUUUGGCAAUGAACUCAACUCUGUCAUGAAAUCUUACAAGAAAAUUUCAUGUAAAGUUUUCUUUGACCUUGAUAACUUUUUUCAAAUAUUUUAUAAUUGUGGUCUGAGGCGAAAUGAAAAAUACAUGAGGUAAUGUGAUACUAUAGUAUCUAUGGUACAUGUGUAUAAGUUUUGAAUCUAAGCUGAAUGUUUUAUUCCAGUUAGAUAUUUUUCUUUUAUUUCUUUUUUUAUUUGGUGACCAUACAGUUUAAUCAAAAUGAAUGUCUAGAAAAUGUUUGCCUAUUCAUUUCUCCUUCUCACUGUUGUUUCUAUGUAUGUUAGUAUUUAUUCAUGUAUUGUUGAACUUUUUUUAUGUUGUUUUUCUUUAAAUGAAAUGCCAGGAGUUUUUUUUAUGGAUUUUUUUUUAAAGAAAAAACUGGUCAAUUGAAUCUAUAUAUGUCUGGUUUAAUUUGGAUUAAUACUUGGACAUCCUUGGUUAAAUAUGGAAAUUUUUCGGUUCGUUCUCAGUCCAGUAAACAAAAUUAUUGUGAUAUUUGGUAAUUAGAAUGGAACAAACUUGAAGUUUGAACAGUUAAAAUCUUAUGAAGUUUAUUAUUAUAUAUAUAUUUUUUUAAUAAUUGCCGCAGAAUUAUUUUGAAGAAUGCUUACUCGGAGGUUAUUUAAAUUUGGAGUCAGGAUCUAGGUGUUGAAGGGGCGGGAUCUUGGUAUUGAAGGUGGGAUCUAUCUCUAGACGUUCCAGUAUUUAAUUUAUUUGACUAGCACAAUAUAGUAGAAAUUGUAUUGUUUAUAUAUAUACAUGUAAGUCAUUUUGUUUGUUUGGCAAUAAUUAUUAUGUGCAUCCAAUGGUGCAUCAAACUGGUGGCAAGGGGUGUAAACUCUGUCAUGUCAUGCCAAAUUGUGUUGAAAGGAAAACAUGUCAUUGUUUAUGGCUUUUAUAUUGUGUUUAUUUUGUAAUUUUUAAACGUAAGCCGAAACUGUUAAUUGUCCAAUGUGCUGAGAGAAUGGGCAAUAUAUUAUCCUCGAGUUAUUGUUUUUAACUUGAAAAAGGAAGGAAUAAAAAAAAAAUAUGAAAAGUGA